GGUUUAUAAUGCCUGAAUUAAACAGCUUUGAACAGGAUCAUGAAAAGUAUGUAGAUGACUUUAUAGUAUAUAUCAAUUUAGCAAAUAUAAAUAAUGAGCAAAGAAUUCGCAAUAUAUUAGAUCGAUCAGUAAAGGGAGAAGUGCGAGAGUGGUAUAAUAGAGAGUUUGAUAACAAAAACUGGGAGUUACAAAAC